GAGAGAGAGAGAGAUUUCUAACACAUUGAGAGAGAGAGAGACUCCAAACAGAUAGAGAGAGAGAGAGGGAAGUGGUUUGAAUGGAUUAAAGAACAUAAGAAGCCUAAGGAAUCAGACCCACAAUCGCAUUUUCAUUAGGCCUAGAGAUAGAGAGAGAGAGAAGAAGACCCAGUUGUUUGUAAAGCCUUUUUAGAGAGAGAAGGGGGUUGAGUAGUUGUUGAAGCGUGAGAGAUUGAGCGUGACUAAGUAGUUGCUGAAGUUACAGGCUUAGAGAGAGUGGGUGAGUCUUUGGAGGCUUUUGCUUAGAGAGAGGAGAGAGAGGGUAUUCAAUGGAGAGAGAUAAAGAGAUGAAACAGUCCAAAUUCAAGAGGAUUUGCGUCUUCUGUGGAAGUAGCCAGGGGAAGAAGAGUAGCUACCAAGCUGCAGCUGUGGAACUUGGCAAUGAACUGGUAUCAAUGAACAUUGAUCUGGUGUAUGGUGGUGGAAGCGUUGGGCUCAUGGGCCUCGUCUCUCAGGCCGUACAUGAAGGUGGUCGCCACGUUAUUGGAGUUAUUCCCAAGACGCUCAUGCCUCGAGAGAUAACUGGGGAGACAGUGGGGGAGGUGAAGGCCGUUGCAGACAUGCACCAAAGGAAAGCAGAGAUGGCUCGGCAAUCCGAUGCAUUCAUUGCCUUACCGGGUGGUUAUGGAACACUUGAAGAACUGCUGGAGGUUAUAACGUGGGCCCAACUAGGCAUCCAUGAUAAACCGGUGGGGCUACUUAAUGUCGAUGGUUAUUACAAUUCGCUGCUCUCGUUCAUCGACAAGGCUGUCGAGGAAGGUUUCAUCAACCCAGCCGCACGCCACAUUAUCGUCUCUGCCCCCACAGCCAAAGAAUUAGUCAAAAAGCUAGAGGAAUACUUCCCUCGCCAUGAAGGAGUUGCUUCAAAAUUGAGCUGGGAAAUGGAGCAAUUGGGCUAUUCAACUAAGUGUGAGAUUUCUAGGUAGAUGGUGAAUGGAUGGGACAGAUGGAAUUUUGGUGCCCAAAGAUGGAGAUUUAAAGAGCAACAAGGAAUGUUUUCUUGGGUCUCAAGGAUCCAGAAUUUUUUGUUUGUAAAGUAACAAUAGGAGAAAUCCCUCAAUAGAUGUAACUCUCACUUUCUUUUCAUGAUAUUUGGUAUCAAUAUCACUACCUUCUUUUU